AUGCUCAGUACACGAAUAAUAAAGAUUGCUGGUGAAUCUCAACCAAUCCAAAUUAAGAAAGGCUGCCCGCAGGGUGGGGUUAUCUCACCUCUCCUGUGGAAUAUGGUCAUUAAUGAACUCAUCAGCAAAUUAAAUGACAAUCACUUCUAUACAGUAGGUUAUGCUGAUGACCUGACAAUACUGGUCUCUGGAAAGACAGCAAGCAUAGUGUGCGACCUGACCCAAGCGGCUCUCCGUAUAGUGGAGAGAUGGUGCAGGGAACACGACUUAACCGUCAAUCCAAAUAAAACGGUUUUAGUUAUGUUCACACAAAAACGAAAGCUGAAUAACUAUCAUCUUCCAAGUCUUUUUAGCACAAAACUCCAGCUAUCCUCUGAGGUAAAAUAUUUAGGUCUUACCUUGGACAGCAAACUUAACUGGAAUAAGCACAUAGAAAACAAAAUCAACAAAGCUAGUAUAACUUUCUGGCAAUGCAGAAACAUGAUUGGCAAAAGAUGGGGAUUGACGCCAAAAAUCAUACUGUGGCUUUACAAAACUGUAAUUCGGCCCAUGAUCACAUACGGCGCUCUGGUAUGGUGGACCAAGACAAAUGAAGCCACCAUAAUUAAAAAGCUUCAGCGCUACCAGAGACUGGCAUGUAUGGCUGCCACAGGCUGCAUGAGAACUACGCCAACAGCAGCCUUAGAAGCGAUGCUGGAGCUAACUCCGCUUCAUCUACAUAUACAACAAGAAGCGACUUUAGCUGCCAUCAGACUCAAGACCCUAAAUCUUUGGAGUAAGAAUAGUGUCCCUCAUACAGGCAUAAUUGAUAGAAUUCACUCAAAAAUUCCUAUCCUACAAGCCAAAUACGAUAGGAUUCCUAAACAAUUUGUUUUCGAUAAGAAAUACAAGAUACAGUUAAAUGAAAACAGCCAGCCGGAAGGAUUAAGCCCAAAAGAGCUUACAAUUUUCACCGAUGGUUCAAAAACAAAUGAAGGUGUAGGUUCUGGAGCUUUCUCUGAAGACCUCAAUAUUCACAUAUGCACACCGCUGGGUACCUAUAACACGGUCUUUCAGGCGGAAUGUAUGGGUAUCAUUCAAGCGGCCAUAGCAAUAGAUGCUAGGAAGGUUAAUGACUUCCCCAUCAGAAUACUGACCGACAGUAGGGCGGUACUCCAAGCCCUGAGAUGCAAUGUGGUGAACUCGGGACUAAUAUAUGAAUGCCAUCAACGAUUAAAUGAGGUAUGUAAAAACAACAAUGUGACCCUGCAAUGGAUAAAGGGACACAGUUUAAAGGGAAACGAAGAGGCUGACCGAUUAGCAAAAGCAGCUAUAACGCAUGGAAUCGAAUUAAAUAUUUUACCAAUUUACACGGAAAUAUUGACAAAAUUCAAAAACCUGUGUUAUGAUAAAUUUAGAGAGUAUUUCGAUGAAAGAAACAGGGAAAAUGGAAUAUGGUAUAAAACAAUACAAAGUCAGCCUCUUCGAAUACCGUGGUAUAACAAUAUUAAAAUGAAUAGAAACCAUAUAAUUGUUAUUCAUAGAUUACGUUCUGGGCACUACCCCAAUAAAAAAUUUGUAUUUUUAAUGAAAAAAGCAGACUCGCCCAAUUGCGAUAUUUGUCAUAUUAUAGAAGAUGUACAACAUAUGCUAGCAGAAUGUGUCAAAUAUCAAAGGGAAAGGGAGAAUCUGGUACAAAAAUUUAGUAUCAAUUUGUGUGAAACGGGUUGGUUUUUGAAUAUACUUGCGGAGCCACACUCAGCGGUAGCAAAAUCAGUCAGUACCAUAUUUUUACCACAUUGA